CUACCCGAUGAAGUGACUGUUAUCCCUGUUUGACUAACUAGAAACCAAGCUCAAAGGAGUUAGGUAACUUUUCAAAGAUCACACAUCUCUCAAUGAAUGAACAGUGAUUUUUCUCUAAACAUGAGAUGAUUACUCACAGAGAAUUGAGAACAGUUGAGAACAGUAAUAAUCCUGAAGAAUGAGACUAAUUAUGUGGAGAGAACAGAAUGAUGGUGGACAAGUAUAGCAGUUUUAUUGAGAGAUGGAAUUGCCACUUUUAUAUAUUAUAAUUUUACUUUUCAAUAUGCUCGAUUUUUCAUCAGGAAUGAUAUAUAAUAAAGGUACUUUGGAAAAACGCCUUUCUUGUAUUAACUAUGGGCACACAGCAAAGAAUGGCACAAUCAAGUUGUUUCUUUUCUUAGAGAACUUGGUUAUCCAGUGUUAUUUUCAAUCUGACAAUACCCUUACUUCAGAGGAAUUUCUAAGCACGUUUGCAUCAGGAGGGAUUUCUCCCAGCUUGGAAAUCAUAAAUAGCACAUACACUGGCAUCUUCCACUUCAAUUUAACUUUGUUUAGUGCUCAGGCUUAUUGGCUGAUUGAAAUUCCCAGAGAAAACAUUACUAAAAAUACAGAUGUUGCAGCUGUAGAAGAAUGGUUAAUCAGGAUUACUUUCCAACAUGCAAUAAAUACGUAUGUUACUAAAGGCACACUCUUGGAUACGGUUCGAGAGCCUCUUCUUCAGUGGUCUAUGGGCCAUAGGCUGUCAAGAAGUGAAUUCGAGGAUAUACAGCCACAUGUGGUAGACAUCAUAGUGACAAAAUCUCCCUGCGCCAACGAUAUAGCAUUACUUGGCCUCAUUUUGAAUUCAACCCGUAGUGGUGUCUACGUAGGCUUCACCAGUUCUGCAUUUUGGGUUUAUGCUGAAACCUUCUGGUAUGACCUGUCAGAGAAUUCCUUUACAGAAUCUGGAGAAGAAUAUGGAACGCUCUCAGUGGUGGAUAUGGUUUUAACAAAUCAUUUUUUAGUUAUCCUCACCUCUUUGGGUCUUUUUGUAAGUGAAGAUCUUCGUUACCCAAAAAACUUAACUUUACGGUUUUCAAGGGCUGACUUUUGUGGUUUUGAAAGGGCUGACUAUGUCAAAGGAAAAUUGUGGUAUAAUGAAAAAUGUUUUGCUAACAGAGAGCACUUUGAAGUUGAUUAUGUCACUAUCACCUUUGAGAGAAACAUGACUCUGAGUGAGGCGCACUCUUGUUUUUAUAGUAAUGAACCAUUUCGUGCAUGGUAUCCUUGCUUACCUCACCUUUCAAGACAAACGAAAACCUCUCCUUCCACUGUGAUAACAUUUCUUUUUGACCAAGAGCUUAACACUGGAGUAUACCUCUACAGUGACCCCCUCCAGAAACAUACCACAGUCCAUGUGAAAAUUCUAAAAGAUCACAAACCAACUUUAGUACAAAAGUUUCCAAUCUUCUUAUUUCCUCCAUCCUUCACUUCCCCUGCUGGAAUGGUAUUCCAUCCACGGAGUCAUUUCCUGUAUGUUUACGGCAAUCAGGUCUGGCUUUCAACUGAUGGCGGCAACACUUUUGAACUGUUAGCUGACUUUCACGACGAUACCAUCAUACACACUUGUCAUAGCUUUUAUUCUUCAGAUAUUAUUUUUGUUUCCAAACGUGGAAAGGUUUACCUCACGAAGGCAGGAAUAAAAAGAUAUACUGAGCUGGGAUCUAUUCCCGAUAAGAUUUUCACAUUAUACUAUGACCACAUGGCGUUUAUACAUAAACUGACUCCAGAGCGUUUUGAAGUUGGAAAUACACUAGCCUUUGGAGAUACAACAGGUUUUUUUGGCCAGGCUCCUGACAUGGGCUUCGAGACUGCACUUGCUCCGCAGUACCUCACCUCCAACAAAAUGAUCUUCUACGCCUACGUACCAGUGAAUGCACCCAAGGACAAAAUACACACCAGGAAAUUCGACUACAUUCAUCUGGGGAAAAUGUUACACUCUGGGAAAACUGGAACAGCUUACAUAAAAGAGAUAGUGAAAUAUGACACUUCUGAAGGAUUUUUGUCCUCCGCUACUGCAGAAAUUACAGAGCCUUUUGGACUAGAGGAAGCAAAUGAGAGCACUUGUUUGCUUAGUUCCCUUAAAAUUCAAAGUGAUGGAGAUUCCUAUAAACUUACACUUCAGUUGCAAUCUCCUGGUGUUAUAUCUUCAUUUCAAGAUACGGAUAUAGAGAAGACUGUGGUGAUUCCUGGUUAUAGCAGCUUCCUGAUCACAAAUAUUUUAGAUGCUAACAAUGCCUUAGCUAUUGCUACCAUGCCUGAAAUAGUGCCCCAUAAUAUGACCUUUCCAGAAAACUCCUGGUUCUUAUACAACUUUGGGCAAAGGCAUGGACGAACAUGGAACAUAUCUUCAAAACCAUGUAAUUACUGGUUUCGACUAUUUGAUAAUACACUGUCCCUUAAUGUCCUGAAGUACAUUGAUCUGGGAAAAUCUUAUGCCUUAAGAGUUAAGAUCAUACCUGGAUCAAAAGAUACUCAAGUAGUUGAAAAACCACUAUUGACUGUGAUUGUUGGAAAUCCAAAUUUGUUGGCAUUUAAAGCUGAAGGCUUUUUUGAUGAUACUGAUAGUUACGUAGUGGAAAUUUCUGCAACUAGCAAAGAUUUACAUCAAGGUUGGACUUCACUGGCAUUGAUUGUCUGGGGAGCAUCGACUGAGUGCUUUGUUACAACCUUUGUGCCAACAUUGAAAAGCAGCUGUAGUUAUCUCAAAUUUAUGCAUCACAGACCUAUUAAUAUUAUCCCACUGGAAGACUGGACUAGUGGCAUUCACAGAGACAGCCAGGGUUUUAAUAUGAUCAAAACUUUGCCGAUAAAUUACAGGCCUCCAUCUAAUAUGGGAAUUGCUAUUCCACUGACAGAUCAUUUUUAUCAUGCAGAUCCUAGUAAACCCAUACCAAGAAAUCUAUUUCACAAAUCAAAGAACUCAGGUAAAUACAAACAGUGUGCUGGUAAGUCCAAUCGGGAGUCGUGUAAUUGCACACAUGAUCAGAAGUUUUCAUAUGCUGUUGCUUUCUCAGACUGUAGAGAAAAGGUUCCUCGUUAUAAGUUUCCGGUCACCAACUAUCCAAUUACCUUGGAAAUUCACAGUGAAGAUGGAUCCAACCCAUUGCCAAAUCAUUAUCUGGUCACUAUAACUGAAGUGAACGGAAGGGGAAACUGGAAACUAAAACAAACUGUACCAGAAAAUGUAAAAAUAUUGAAAAUUUUCUUAGAACAAAAUCUUAAUGCUUCAGUGUAUAAUCCUUCAGGCCUCAACUUAAGUAUAAGGGGCUCUGAGCUUUUUCACUUCAGAAUGUCCGUUGUUCCAGGGGUCACCUUUUGUAACUUAGUUGAUGAAUUUCAGAUUUAUGUGGAUGAAGUGCCCCUGCCCUUUCCAGGCCACACGCUUAUUGCUAUUGCCUCAGCUGUCGUGCUCGGGGGAUUAAUUUUUAUAGGAUUUGUGUUACAAAUACGUGACAUUCACCCCUUGGAUUGGUGCGGAAAGCUGAUUACAAAGCGCAUCAUGGCCCUACCAUAUUUCAGCGCCAAUCAAGUGCACACUGAGUAGUGGACAAAUGAUAAUCAUAAUGUUCACUUUAUUUCCUAGUUUUAUUAGACAAUGCCUAGAACAAUAUAUUUAAGUGUUACUAUAAAAAAUGAGAUAAAAUAAUAUAGAAUUGC